UUAUUGUUAGUCAAACCAAACGAGACAAUUUGUUAAAUAUUAAUUAAUUAUUUAUUUCAUUUUAAUUAUUUAAAUAUGAGCUUAUUUAAACUUGAAUUUGCAAAGAGCAUUACUUCAAGCUUCAAAGAAUUAGAAAAAAGAGACACAAACACUUAAAAAUCAUAUCAGAAAAUAUAGCAAAAGUUAAAUUAUAGGUCUGGAAAGGAUUCGAAUGCUGCCAAAGAUAAAUCAUUUUUUGAUGUUUUGACAUCUAAAUCUGGUCCUGAUUUGAUAUAUUCAUUUUUAAAUUAAAGGAUUAGGCUAAUAACUGCUCUCCGCUCUAUAAAUUCCUCUUCACAAGCAUAAAUAAUAAAUCAAAACAUGCAUUUUUAAAAUACUUUCAUCAACAAAGGGAAUACUAUUAGAGAAUUUCAACCAAAUUAAAAGAUUCAGCAAACAUUAUUCAAUUCUUAAGAAUAGCAAAUGCCAUAAUAAUAAUAAUAAUAAUAAUAGUAACAACAACAAUAAUAAUAGUUGCAGUAACAAUAAGGUUUACCAUCAUAAUAGUAAUCAUAGACUUGCCAUAUAUAUGAAAAUUAAGAAGUAAACAUUGAAAAUAUAGAUUUAGAUGAGUUUAAAUUAGUUAUUUUGCUAAGAGAAAUACUCAUCGACUGCUCAGAAAUAACUGCUACUGAUAUUAUAGAUUUAUUUGAAGCUAAACCUAACUAAAAAAUAGGCUUUUAAGAAAUAUAUCUAAUUAUUGUUUACGUUGCUUCAAUAGAAAGCAAUUAGUAGCUAGAAUAUUUAAAUAUGUUUGGCACUUUGUUAUUUAAUAUAAUUAAAAGCACUCCAAAUUCUAUAUAUGGAUCUAGAAUUAGAUAGAUUUCUAAAUUGUUUGGAUUUUAAGAAAAGAAAAUAUGCAAGGCAUUCAAAAAUUUAAAUAUCAUCCCAUAAAAUCUUUAUCCUUUCGAUAUUUUCGAGCUGUAUUUUUUCAUGAUAUUUUCAGAUAUUUAGUAAAAUCAAAUAAAUCCCAAUUAAUUUAUCAGCUAAAACAUGAUAAAUAAAAACAGCAUUCCUAAUUCUCCUUAAAAAAUGAAUUUCUAAUAAACAUACAUGCAAUAACAUGCAAUUAACAAUUAAUAGCAGAUGUAAUAAGCCUAACUAAUUUAAUAACAGUAAUAAAUUUAAAACUCUCUAAAUUAGUAAAAAAAGAUUUAACAAAACUAAAAUUGUUCUAUUUUUUGA